GGGUCAUUAUAUGAAACCUCCAAUCUGGAUCGCGGAGGUAGCAAUAGAAAGAAGAUAGAGGAAUUCUCUAGGUCUUCUCGUGAGAAACUGCUCCAGUCGAAGAACAAAAUGUUCUCCAAAUUCACAUCGAUUCUCCAGCACGCAGUUGAGGCGCUUGCACCUUCACUGCCCUUGCAGGAAGACUUUGUGUAUCACUGGAAGGCCAUCACACAUUAUUACAUUGAGACAUCAGAUGACAAAGCCCCAGUGACUGACACCAACAUCCCCUCUCACCUGGAACAGAUGCUGGACAUCCUGACCCAGGAGGAGGGAGAGAGGGAGUCUGGUGAGACGGGGCCCUGCAUGGAGUACCUCCUCCACCACAAGAUCCUGGAGACCCUCUACACUCUGGGCAAGGCAGACUGCCCUCCAGGGAUGAAGCAGCAAGUUCUGAGUUUCUACACAAAGCUGCUCGGACGCAUCCGCCAGCCCCUGCUGCCCCACAUCAACGUCCACAGACCUGUACAGAAACUGGUGCGUCUGUGCGGAGAGGUUCUGGCUGCCCCCACAGAGAGCGAGGAGAUCCAGUUCCUCUGUAUCGUCUGUGCCAAGCUCAAGCAGGACCCCUACCUCGUCAACUUCUUCCUGGAGAACCGGAUGAGGAGGCCAGAAGCCCGGAGUCCUGGACGAGAGGAGAUGGACCCUUCGUCUCCAGAUACAGGCCAGCCCCAGGGCCAGGCCCAGGCCCAGGCCCAGGGUGGGACAGCCCCAGGGGAGCCCAGAGCAGCAGCCAGCUCUGCCCAGCAGAACAACAACUACAACCUGGUCUCCUCCCUCCUCAACCUCACCAGGAGCCCGGAUGGCAGGAUCGUGGUGAAGGCGUGUGAGGGCCUGAUGCUGCUGGCCAGCCUACCGGAGCCAGCGGCCGCCCGGAGUCUGACUGAGAACACAGAGCUCUGUGAGCUGCUGACGGGCAGGCUGGUCUCCUUCUACCGGGCCCUGCCCCAGCCCAUGGACCCCCUGGAUAUAGAGACCGUGGAGGCUGUAAACUGGGGGCUGGAUGUGUAUAACCUGAAGGAGGACACAGCUGUGUUCACAGGGAAGAGAGCUCUGAUCUCCUUCCUCUCCUGGCUGGAUUACUGUGACCAACUCAUCAAAGAAGCCCAGAAGACUGCGGGGGCGGUCCUAGCCAGGGCAGUGAGGGAGCGCUUCCUCGUCACGGUGAUGGUGCCACAGCUGAUGCAGACGUCAGAGGUGGGGAUCUUGACCUCCACAGCGCUGCUGAACAGGAUCAUCAGGCAGGUGACGUCAGAGGCCCUGCUGAGGGAGGUGGUGUACUUCCUGCUGGGGGAGGAGUGGGGGCCCGAGACCCUGGCCUCCAUCACACAGCCCCCCCUCCGACACAGACUCAUAGAGCACUGUGACCACCUGUCUGAUGAGAUCAGCAUCAUGACGCUGCGGCUGUUUGAGCAGCUCAUCCAGAAGCCAGAGCAGCAUGUGCUGAGCAGCCUGGUGCUGCGCGGCCUGGACGACCGCAGCUACCUGGAGAACAGACCCCCGGACGAGGUCCUGGAGAACGGCCAGGCCCACGACGCUGUAGACCUGGAGGAGGACCCUCUGUUUGGAGAGGACCUGUCUUCAGAGAGCAGACUGUCCUGCUCUGAUUGGCUGAGCUCAUCUCCACCCCAGAGUCCAGACCACGCUAAGCCUGAUGGGAAGACGGAGGUCCACAAGAUUGUCAACAGUUUCCUGUGUCUGGUUCCUGAUGAGGCUAAAUCGUCCUAUCACGUGGAGGGCACCGGCUACGACACCUACCUGAGAGAUGCCCACAGACAGUUUAAGGACUGCUGUGCGGUGUGUGAGCGCUGGGACUGGCGAUCCAGCGCCCGGCCCCUGGAGAAGUGCAACCUGGACGGGCCCUUCUUCGAGGGACACUUCCUCAAGGUGCUGUUUGACAGGAUGGGACGCAUCCUGGACCAGCCCUAUGACGUGAACCUGCAGGUGACCUCUGUGCUGUCCAGACUGGCCCAGCUCCCUCACCCCCACGCUCAUGAGUACCUGCUGGACCCCUACAUCAACCUGGCCCCCGGCUGCAGGUCCCUGUUCUCAGUCAUCGUCAGGGUGGUCGGGGACCUCAUGUUGAGGAUUCAGCGGAUCCCAGACUUCACCCCCAAACUGCUGCUGGUGAGGAAGCGUCUCCUGGGCCUGGAGCCAGAGGGCACCAGCAUCGACCACCUGACGCUGCUGGAGGGGGUGAUCGUCCUGGAGGAGUUCUGCAAGGAGCUGGCCGCCAUCGCCUUCGUCAAGUUCCACGCAUCUGCCUCCCCCUCCCCCUGACCCCAGCAGGACCAGACUGCACCAGGGUCCCAGGGGGACCGGGGCGUGGGUCAGGGCUUGGGGCCGGUCAUCCCAGCAUUCCCUGGUCCUGGGAACUAAGAUGAAGGGUUGAGGAUGGAGGAGGGAAGGAGCUUUCUCUGGACUGUAGAGCUGCACGUGCUCUGUACCUCCCCCCUUCCUCCCCCCUCCUCCUCUCUUCCUUCAGCAGUACAGACAGGCUGUCGCCCUCUCUCUGUACUCCAUACAGAUCAGGUUGAUGAGGGCGCGGUGUGUGUGUGUGUGUGUGGUUUCCAGAACCACCAGUGUGUCCGCGCUUAAGCCUCGGUAUGGUCUCAGUGACAUGUCAGGGACUUCCUGUUUAAAGAGCCCUCUGAUUGGAUCAGGUCAUCUGUGAUUCAGGCCAUAGGGAGAGGAAUCACUAAUACCCCUCUGCAGUCUAGACGUUUCUACCUACAUUACAGUGAAUGUAAAAUAGAUUCAUCUUCAUUCUAACAUGGAGACAAGGAGCUGCAGUUUGUAUCUGAGAUACUAGAAUCCCCUUUUAUUGCCAAGCCCUCAUAUUUAUUCACAUUUGAUUUCACAUUGCCUUUUCAGUAUACACAAGUUUUUAUUACAAGUAUUUAUAAUUCCUUACAGACUAAGGAGCAAGAACUUACAAAACCAUAUCUUUCAUGUUUCAGAUCAUCGCUAUUAAACCUGGUUGUAGUGUUGUUACCAUGAGAACUGUACAGUAGUGCUAUUCUGGCCUUGCCUUUCUUGUCGCCUUUGUUUGUUUCCGCUGUGUGGAUAGUCUGUAGUAACCACUGACCCUGUCACAGCACACAGCAGUGGCGUAACAGCAGGUCGCCUUUCUGACCUGGAAACCAUGUGCUUGAUCACGGACGUCUUUGAACGGUGAAUUUGUUACAUAUCACAUGAUUAUGUUUUGCAUCAUGAGGGAGUUUAAGUUGGCAUUUGGAAAGAGACAUCUUUCUUUUGCAUCCAUAAUAGUAUUUGUAUGAUCAAAAUGGACACUGUGUUUAUCAGUACCUGUAUGACAGAGCAGUAAUGAUACAUCAUUUUCUAUCUUUAGGGAGUAGAAGGGAGGGGUGGUAAUUCAGGUAUUCAUGUAUUUAGUCUUAGUUCUUGGCUAAGUUUGUGACAGAGUUUGUGACAGACAGCACAUGCGUUUGAUAGAAACUUCUCUUUAAGCUUCUGCUCUUAUACAUGCGAAUGCUCGGGGAAGAUGGCUGUUCCCUCUGGAGUCAAGAGUUAACCAGCUGUUAUCCAGCACGGUCUUUGUUGAGGAGAGACAACCUUGUCCUGAAUGCAGGUUCGGGUUACCCAACAAGAUGUUGAGAUCCAUUUUCACUUCUAUAUGUGGUUGGUUGGUUGGCUGGCUGGGUGGUUGGCUGGCUUCCUGGCUGGUUGGAAUUCCUGGCUGGCUGGCUGGCUGGCUGGCUUGAUCAGUGAACCAGUUGGAUUAGCCUUCAUGGAGCUUUGAUACUUACGCUUAAUUGUUUAUUUAAUCUAAAUUAAGGAUGUACUUUAUGUAACCAAUGCAGGUGCUGAGGACUCUGUGUGUUUCAUGUGAUGAGAGGGUGUAUAGAUGCAGGGCUGUCUGGAUGGAUGAAUGUUAUGGAUGGAUGAGGCUGUUUGUGAGGUGAAGUACCGUCCCUCUCUAAACCCAUUCUAAACACCGAGCUACUUAUGCAAAUGUUUGCAUGAAAUCAGAUUUGCACAUUGUCUUGUUCAUAUGUUGUACAUACGUAAAACACUCAAAAAGCUUCUUGUUUUCAAGUGUUUGUUGUUUCAUGAACCAAAAAAAUACUAAGAUUUACCAUCAGGAGACUGAUGUGUCUAUUUUAAUGGAGAAAAAAAGCAUCUUUUUAUUCUUGAUCAUGCACAUUUUUAUCAAGGUUUUAAAUCUUUCUGUACCUGUAAAUAAUGUGUGUGCGCAGUAGCAACAGUGAUAUUCCAGGUGUAAAUGCAUGCAUGUAUCCAACAUGGCUUGUUUAAAUAGUGACCAGUCUGUCCACCUGUGACAGCAGCUGGCAGACUCCCUGACACACCUUCCCUCUCCCUGACACUCCUUCCCUCUCCCUGUCACACCUUCCCUCUCCCUGACACGCCUUCCCUCUCCCUGACACACCUGGCCAGGUUCACCCCCCGGCUGGGUCUGGAUCCCGGAGGAUGUUUCUGUUUCAUGAUGCUUUGCGAAGGCGCACAGCCACUGUGUCCUGUCUGCAGAGGCUGGAUCUAGUGAGGUCAUGUUUGUCUUCUACUGUCAUGGAUAUCAGCUUAGACCAAUCACUGUAACUUUCGUAUGAAAUUGUUUUUUUGUUUCUCCAUUUAA